AUGAACAGCGCGUGUGGCCGCCACGGUUCGCAUACAGACGGUAGUAUGUAUCCACUUUCUGUGAGAUCCAAUAACAGCCACCAUCAAACAGGACAGAAUUAUGUAUCAAAUCCACCCUAUAUCAAUUACGUGGCUUACCACCAUGUGCCAAAUAUGGAUAACCAAGAACAGUCUGUAGGAGUUUGGGGGUCUCAAUAUGGAUCUCCACGAGAGGACUAUAAUUCCUAUGCUGCUCCACCGAUCAACACGUGUACCUUACAAUCUUCUGAUUUACCAGCUAACCAAUUUGCUUACAGUUCUAUGGGCUACAUUUCUCCACAUUCUUCUGCACCUGGGAUUUUACAUUCUGUAGAUUCAAAUCAUGCAGCUGCCAUGUCCCCCGGUAAUCAAAGUCAAAAUUCCUAUGAGUGGAUGAGAAAAACCGUGCAAUCCACUUCUACAGGUAAGUUAAAUGUUAUUGUUAUUCUAUUAUCCAACUAUAAAGUUUGUCGUGAUAUAUUAUAAGAUUAUUUUGAUUAUCCUUACCCACUUCUCCUGGAAAACUUUUCCAGGUAUUUAUCAUCUCUUCUUGUAAAAUAUCAUUAUUACAUAUUAGUUUUGAUCUUUGGCCUAAAAUACAUAAAAGGAUUUGUAUUAUUUAAAUUAGGUGAUCAGAAGAGGUACGCUACAGCUUAUAAUUAUAAUCAGUUUGCUGAAAAAAUACAUUUCUAUAUUUUGAAAAAAAUCACAAAAUGUAGGCUUGCAACAGAAUGUCCCUCAUAGGUACACGUGAUCCAUUUGUCUAUCUUAGCACAGUUAGAAAAAAUGAUACAUGCAUGACUUCUAAAGCAACAUUAAUAAAUUAUGCUGAUUAGGUACGGAACCAAAAAUCCAGCACUUUACUCACUAUUCAACAAGCUAAAUGGAAAGCAGAUCAUGCAAUAUUCUUCACAGAUGUGUAAUGAUAUGCUAGAUAACAUAUACAAUUCCACUAUUUCAUCCUUUUCCCUGUAUCUGCAAUCAAACUAUCAUUUUAAUAGCUCCCAAUGUGAUAUUAUUAUUAUUAUUAUUAUUAUAGAAAUCAAAUUGCUAAUGGUUGUGUUUGGGGUUUUUUUAACUAUAGAGUGAAAUUACAUAAUUUAUGCAAUGUGAAAAAAGUAUCCCAAUCGCCCUUAUUUAUUUUCUUAGCAACUUUUUAGAAUAUUUAGCAUUUUAAAUGAUUUUUAGCAACCUUUUUCGUUUAUUUUUUGUCACUUCCGAAACUCAGCUGUCAACGUCACAACCUAACAUGUUUACAAAUGCUUUUUAUAUCUCUCUACCAUCAAUUUCAAACUCCACUGCAAAUUCCUCUUUCAUUCUAUUUCUAAGAUUCUGGGGAUUCCCAUAAGUCAUGUGAACGUAUAUUAUAAAAUAUAUAGGAAAUAUUUUUAGUUACACUACAAUAAAUCAUUAAAUAAUGCAUGUCCUUCUACUUUUUGGGGGACAAAAAUCAUGAUCACAGUGGGUUAAAUAGUUUAAAACUGUUCAUACAGUAUGGUGUCCUUUAAAGACCACUGACAAAUAACAAUAUUAAUCGCUGAAAAAUUAUUAAGAGUUGAAAAAUAAUCAUAAUUAAAUGCUUCAUAAUAUUACCAGUGGUUUACUUAAAGAGGCAGUAAACACAAGGUUCUUGAUUUCAUAGUUACAUUUAUCAAAAUAUAACAUAGAUUUAUAUCCAUAGUUUACUUAAAGGGACCAUAGCACAAUUUUUGUUGUUGAUUUCUCUGUGGAUAUAUUAGACAAAUCGUAAUUUUAAUCUUAACUAAAUUUACUAUGGGAAAUUUUCCAGUACAGAUGUCAUUUAGAAUCAGACUGUGCCUUUUUUAUAUAAUUCAACACCCUGAUCCAUCUAACAGACCUCCAUUUAGUGUACAUGUAUACAGAGUCUCUGCAUAUAUUUUAUUAGCAUAAUAUAACAAGCGUACUCAGCAUUCUGGUGGUUAAGCAAAGACUAGAAGGGUGGAAGAUGGUGCAUUAGUUAUACAUAGUAGGAUCUAUGCUUAUUAUAUAUAUAGCAUAACAAUGUACUCAGCACUUUUCUAGGUUGCAUUGCUAUUAAGACGAGUUACAAUUAGUGCUGUUUUUAUAGGUACAUUAUGUAAUAGGGAACAAUAUACAUAUGUUUAGACCUAUAGAACGGAAGAAAGGGAUCAGCGCUCUCUAUCUAUACAAGAUACAACAGAACAAUAAUGAAUAAGUAAAAAGUGGCAGCACACCUAAAAAGUAGGGCUCCCUCACAGGCCUUACAACAGAAAUGGUACAGAAAAAAGAAAGGAAGGCAGCGCCACUACAAACCACAUAAAUUAAAAGAGCAUAGAAUAGGCAGACUAGAAUACUCUUUUAAUUUAUGUGGUUUGUAGUGGCGCUGCCUUCCUUUCUUUUUUCUGUACCAUUUCUGUUGUAAGGCCUGUGAGGGAGCCCUACUUUUUAGGUGUGCUGCCACUUUUUACUUAUUCAUUAUAUGUUUAGACCUAGUCUACAUUCUCUGCAAUAUAUUAUAAUUUGAUUUUAUUUGAAAACACAAGCUAAUGAUGAGAUGUUUUGGUCUCCUGUCCAAGACAGGGUCUCAAAUAUUGCUUCUGUUCUUUCUGUAAAUGUUAGUUAUUAUAUAUAGUUUUUAAAAUCACAUGAAAUUAAACAAUAUUGAUAAAAGUUAACACAAAUUUUGAUGAAUCCUGCAAGUUAAAUAUGUGUGAAUAAUAGAACAAAAUUGUCAUUCACUGAACCUGGAAAAAUAUAAAAAAUUUUCGACAUAAAAUAAUGAACACCAGCACAAAGCAGAUAUGAGGAACCAAGAACAGUUAAAAACUUUGUUAUAUUUGUCAUAAAUAUUAUGCAAUUUUAUCUGUCAAAUAGUAUGACUGAUAUCUACUGUACGAGGAAACAUUUCAAUUGUAAUAUGCAUUUUAUACCUCUUCCCAGAAUGACCAAGCACAUAAAGAAGGUUAUCCUCCACAAAAUGGGUUCACAUCUUAGCAACAGUAUGUAGACGAAGGAGAAGUAUUUUUUGGUAAUAUACAUUUGAUAUCUCUUCCUAGAAUUUACAAGCACAUAAAGAAGGUGGAGUGGAAUUCUUCCAAAAAUAGCUUCAAGGUUUAGCAACAAUAUGUAGAUGGAGAAGUAUUCUUUUUUUGUAUUUUUGGUAAGGAUAGAAGUACGAUAAAGUAGGAAAAUAGCAGGCUUAUGUUCAACUUUUGGUGAUUUAUGGUUUUGAAACAAAUUGAAAAAUAAGAAAAAUAUAUUUUAAUUCAUGGGAAAUGCCACCAAAGGUGGAAAAUUGGGGAGCAUGAUGGAGAAAUAAAGAUAUAAAUUUCUGUGUUAUUAUUAAUGGUACAUAUGAGUUCUAAGCGUGCAAGUGUUCUAGAAAAGGUUGCUUUGAUUUUAGUUUAAACUCUAAUUAGUAUAUAAGGUAAAGUAACUUAUCUAUAAAUGUCAGUAUUCUAUAUAUUGAUGAGAAUUUGAGUGAUAAAAGCACAAACUGGUAAGUGGGGCCUAUAGAAAAGGUCCCUGAUUUUAUUAAUGAUAAAUAUAACCUUCUCAAAGUUAGUAAGAGUAAAUUGGUCCCCUAUUCCAGCAAUUCUAUGAGGAGUAUGGGCCGUAGUACCAAGUCGUUAAUAUAAUACUGAAGAUAGCAACAGUUUUGGCAAAAGGCUUUUAGUUAAAGCCACAUAGUUGGAUGAUUAGUGUAUACUUAGAUGCAUUAAAUUAAACAUCCAGGAAUAGCAGCAACCAAGUCUGUUUAUUUUUUUGUUUUGUUUUUUUAAUUAAAGGAAAAUAAUCCUUUAAUUCCAGCUUUAUAUCAUGUACUAAGACAAUCAAAGCACAAGACACGAGUAAUGGAUUUAACCCUACUCACUAUGAAGCCAAUUACACAGUGGACAUUUUAAGCACUUGUCAAAACCAGCUCCUGUUUACUGUUAACUGCACCAGUCAUAAAAAUAAGUGCUAGCGGGUAUAAAAAUGAAACAAGCUGCAAAUAAGGCAUGAAAUCCGCCUUAGAAAAUGAGGUAGGAUGAUAAAAAAACACCAGUUUUCAAAAUGUAGCCCUGCAACAGAACAUUUAUACCAGGAUAGCUAGUUUGUAUCAAUCAAUGAAGUAGUCGUUAGAUUUUGGACAGUCAUCCUGACAGAUAGGUAGUGUAAGAAGCACAACAGAUUUACGUUCCUUUAUAAAUUGUUUGAUUUUGUUUUGAUUAUUCUAAAUUUCAAACCUGUUUUUUUUUUUCUUCAAAAUGUAAUGAUCUUUUUUUAAAACUACUUCCUACAGACUUUAAGAGGUCUGCUUUAACACAUUAAUAUGCAAGUAUGUAAAACUGUUUGGAUGUUAACAUCCUAACCCUCUCAAGACCAAAUUCAUAUCAGGGCUAUUAAGAUAACAAGGUUUUCUUCUGGGUUUCUUAAAUCCCAGUCAUGAAUGGCCUUUAAAGGAGUCAGUGCAGUCAAAGUGCUUCUCAUGCUAAUGAUGGUGUCUUUCUAGACCAGUUGUGAGGUCUGCUUUUUUCCCCUUGUCCAUGGUUUUAAGACCCAUCUGUCAUUGAGGUAGCAUGGCCUUUUCACACCUCUUCCCCUAUUCACUUUGAUAUUCAGCUUUGUUUUUUCUAUAUCUUCCUUUUUUCCUCUAUGGGUUAUAUUGCCCAGACAGAGUGCUGGUUUUCACAGCUAGUAAAAUAGCCUUUUUCCUUUUAUUGCCUAUGGACGACUUGCCUUGUGUUUUUUAUGACCAAGGUAUACACUGCUGCCUUGUCUUUGUGUUCCUGUAAAUCUUGGGCCUACUUAGAUAUUUGUGAUUUAUUUCUUAUACCUUUAAAAUCUUUAAUAUUUAAUGGAAAUCCAAAAUGUUGUUUGGAAUGUAGUUGACAGAAGCGUUUUAACACUAGUUAUUUGACAGACAAUCGUUUACUGUUUAUAAAGCAAUAUACAUAGUCAAAAAGUUGGAGUGGGGGGGAGAUGCUCAUGGGAAGAAAGAUAUUCUGGACCUUUUCCACAAAGGACAUAUUGAGCUCAUGCCACAAAAGAACCACAGGUUUUUGGAAAUGAUACAAAAGGAAUUUUAAGACUAAACACUACUGACAACUUUGGGAAGGUGUCAUAAAUAAACACAGAGCAAUUGACCCUUCUGAAGGGCUAUUUCCCACAGGGCGGAAGUAAUUUUUGUUCAGACCAGUAGGAAACCCAUAAAGUCAGUAAAAGGAUUCCAUGGAUAUAUUUGAACAAUUGUAGUUAAAAAGUAGGAAAAGAUGUCUCAAAAGCUCUGCAGGUCAUUGUAUAUAACAGGUACAAGUUUUCUCCAUGUUUACAAAUCUGUCCUUGGUAAAUACGAUACAUUUUAAAUUUUUUGUACAGUAAAAAAAUGUUUAUUUUCGUUGCUACCCAAUGCUUUCUCCAGUCGAGCUAACAUUUCAAAGUUCAGCUUUAUAAGUAUAAUUUAAACCAUAUCUGGUUUGGGAGUCGCAGAAAGAUUAUUGGUGGAUAUGCAUAAAGCAGUAUACAUAUAAUAUAUGGUCCUAAAUAGGAUGUGGUGUAUUUUAUUACAACAAAUAACUUGUCAAAAAUAAAAAAGAAAUAAAAAAAUAUUGAUUAAUAAAGUAGGCUAUGUAAACUCUUUAUAAGUUCUGUGUCCAAAAAGUUUGGAAUUGAUACUGGUUAUUUUGAUAUCCAUCCACACAAGCAUUCAAUGGUCCAGUCAGUUGGAAGGCAAGCAUAAUUUAUCAUUUCCAUCAGGUUUACUCAGUAGCUUGCUGCUUUAGGAUGAUGGGAGCUGUGGCACCUACAGCUCCACAGGUUGACUAUUCCUAAUCGGGCACAACAUACGUUUACUGAGAGAAACUAACAAGAAGGCUUGAGAGAAAACAUUGUGCGGAAUGGACGGGUUCUUUCAAUAUCUAAGUGCAAAAUUCCAUAUUAAUAUUAUUUGUAUUGCAACAUCAUAUUCCAUAAUACUUAACAGUUAUAGAAAGGGUAUCUUGGUUGAAGAAGGCCCUGCUCAAACAAGCUUACAGUCUAUAAGGAUUUGAGGUGGGCAAAUAUAUAUAGUUCACUGUCUUGCCCAAGACAUUAAGUAAUAAUAAUAUGCUUCAAUUGGAAGAGUGAGAUAAGCUAUAGAUUUUAUAAUGUCCAAUUCUGAUCAAACCAAUUCAAGACAAAUAUGGCGCAUAAAGAACUCAUCACAUCAUAUGUUUUUUGUCAAAACUUUAGAUGACCCAAAUAUAUUGAUGUAUUGGCUUUCAAUACCACCGUAUCAUUAUAGCAGUAGUAUAGACAACUCGAUAAGUGCAUCAGUAUGUACUUUAUUAAAAUCCUUUGACUUUGGAAAAAGCUUACUCUUAACAGAUUUUAAUAGCAAUAAAAUGAUUUAACUAAUAUGAAAUGCUAUGGUUGUCAAUAAUCAUGAAAUUGGAGAAAACUUCAUAUAAAUCAAAGCUCUAUCUCUACUGCUUAAUUAGCAUUGUCAAUACAGCUUGAACAACUUCACUUAAAUAAAGUGAAAACCUAAUUUUAAUGACAGCUGAAAUAGCUUACAAUGACCAAACACACUACAAAACACAUUAAAUGAACCUUCAGGCACCAUAACUGCUUCAGUGGAGCAAAGUUGUUAUGGUGACCUGAAGUUCCUAGCGCCAGUUCACAUAUAAGGGUCAAACAAUUCACUGGAGUAAAGUCGCUAUGGUGACAGGAGGUGCCUGGUGCCAGUUUACAUUUAGGUGUUAAGCCAUACACGUACGGUUUAACCCCAAAUUCUUCUCUCCAGCUCUUUCUCUGUCCUUCCAUUUCCCUUGGAUUCUUCAAACAGGAAAUCUCAAAUAGGAGCUCUGUUGAUUAGAGUGUCAGCUGAUGCCCUUCGACAAUCAGUAGCUCCCCAUUCACAAAACGGCUUGAGAACCGUAUGCAUUUCAGUGGUUUAACACCUAAGCGAAAUCUGGAGCCAGGACCUCCUAGCACCAUAGUAAUUUCAUUCCAAUGAUGAGGUAUGGUAAACAAAAGUGUUCCUUUAAUCCCUAUAUUAUCCUAAGAAACCAGAUUACACAUUAAAUCGUACAUUACCCUAACAUAUAACACUAUCAUUAAACAUUAAUCUUAUAAAACAUAUUAACCUUUACACUACACAAACACUAAACAUCAACGCAUAUAUUACAGUAACGCUAACCAUUAACCCAUACGUUACCUUAACUCUUACACCAACCUUAAGCCUAAUCUAAAACUACAAUUCAAGAUAAACUAUAGAUUAGGGGGAAAUAAUAGUGAUGUCAUAGGGGGGAAAUUAUAUUUCAAGGUUUUGGAGAUAGUUAUUAACCACUCACACUUCAGUCUAUUAUCAUAAUUACAGAAUCCCUCAAUGGCGAUAUUUCUAAUCUAAAUACAAAGAAUUACACUCUACUGAUUAUUUGUCCAGUACUCGAUUGGUCUUAGAAGCAUGGGAAAAAAAGUAGAUAUUUAUCUUUCAAUUAAAACUGCUGCUUUGUUCAUUCAGGAACUUUUUUUUCAGAACAGUAAAAACAGCUAGUUCCGGGUGUAUAAUAUGUUUGAAGUAGUUUUUAAUGUUUGUUUGUUUUUGUUUUUAAAGCGGCCCAUUAAUUUAAAUGCUUUAACUCGUCAGUUUAAAAAAGAAAAAAGUUUUUUUUUUCAUAUAGACAGUUCAUUUAUACACUUCAAUCAUGGUGACAAAUUGAAAUCGAAAUUACAAAAUUCUGCCUUUUUUUCAAAACUGCUAUUUUGGCAUACAUUUUGCUAUUUUUGUUUUGCUUCAUUUCAGUGUUUGAUAAUUAAAACUCAAUUUAUGCUAAAUUUUUAUCACCCCCAUUCACUCAUUAUCAAUUAGAAAAAUCUGAAAAAAAUUGCAUGCAGUCCAAUAAACUGUGACAUUAAAUACUAUGUUAUUAAUGUGUCCUAUAAAACAGACCCAUACAUUCAGUUUGACAGAUUCAGGAACUUGGUGAACAGCUUGGAUUCUUUAUAUUUUAGAUUCUUCGGUACCGUGCUCAAGGCUAUUACCUUGUUAUACAUUUUUGUUCUACAAAUAAGUCUUUCUGUACUUUCGCUGACAUGAAAGGGAAUCUGAGUAAUACUUCAGGCUCUUGCUCACCCAAAUUGUUCAAUUGAUAAGAUCACCUUGUAACUCCUUUGUCUUUUUUAACUUAACAUUAGCACCUCAAUAGAAUUUAGAGAACCAAUUUAGUGAUCUAUUUUCCUCUGUAUGCUUCCAAAUGCACAUCAAAGGGAAUUUGGAAAGAUCAAAGGCAAUAGAAACAUUCUGAUUAUGUACAACAUGUAGGUAGUGCUUUGUUUGUUUGUUAUCUUCACAGUUUUGUUAAGGUUUGUUUCUUAGUUUUUUUUUUCUUUUCAACGUCACAUCCUGUCUCACAAGAGUUCACCUGGAGGCAGAUCUCAUAGCAACCUAACUUUCUUCAACAGUAAAAUAUAUAUUAAAAUGCUUAUUAUGCAUUAAUUAGAAAUUGAAAUACAUUUAAAAUGAAAGGUAUCCACUCAAACAGGUGCUUCUCCUGAAGCAAACCAGAGAUCUGAUAUGCUAUGCUUAGCCUUCAGGGAUGACCACUUCAAUCAGACAGUCCAUGACCUCACACUGAAAUAAACUGGACAAGCACAGCAUAUGUGGCAUGCUGAUAUGGCAUAUGGCAUGCUUGCAUGUAUGUGCAUAGAGUAAAACAAAAAUGAAUGGAAUUCAUUCAGGCAUGUGCAGUUAUGUGCUUUAAUUGUCCAUUAAAAAGGAAAUAUAGAAUUAAAUGGAGCAGGCGUUGAACAAUAAAAUAGUUGUAUAUAAAUAUAAAAUGAGAAAAAUAAUAAUUAUUACUAUUGCAAUUUAUAUAGCGCCAUCAUAUUCCACAGCGCUUUAUAAUAUUGUAAGGGGGGGAAUUAAAUAGUAUAUACUAUUAAUAUAGAGGAGAGCGCUAGCAUUUUCAACCCCACUUUCAUGAUAUUACCUACAUUGUCCCAUUCUUGAGGUGCUGAAAUAAAAGGGGCCAUUAUGAGAGUCCUUCCCUAUAAUUAGUGGGCACCGGGGGCUGCCACUGUUAAAUAUUAAUCAUGGUCUGCCACAUAUUGCUAUAGCAAGCUAUAUUAAAGGGACACUAUAGUCCCUCAGGUUUUAACCCUGAAGAUGCAAACAUAGCAGUUUCAGAGAAACUGCUAUGUUUACAUUGCAGGGUUAAGCCAGCCUCUGGUGGUUGUCUUUCGGACAGCCUCUAGAGGCGCAUCUGCGACGCUGGAGGCCUUUAAUGCCUCCAUCACGCAGAGCGCCAUAGGAAAGCAUUAGGAAAUGCUUUCCUAUUGACAGCUUGAAUGCACGUACCGCACUUGCCGUGAAUGGAGAGGUCACCAGCGCCGGCAAAAGGUCCUCGGCGCUGGAAAAAGGUAAGCUGCUGAAGGGGCACUAUAGUGUCAGGAAAACCGCUUAGUUUUCCUGACACUAUAGUGAUCCUUUAAGUCACUGCAAUUAGAAAGGACAUCUACAGAUCACUUGUUAUUGGGGGAACAUGGGCUUCCACACACACUGUUUACAUUUUUCGCUUUGACUGACAGAGAUUGGAAGAGUGGAUAGGAGGGAGCUUGGCUCUCCCAUCGGGUUAUUGGUAGAGAGACCUGGACAAAACACAUGUUUAAUUGAUUAUUUAUGUGUUCAAUGCUGUGCAGAGUUAAUCUAUUCUUUUUUUUUUUGUAUUUGGCAACACAAGUGUUAUUAUUAUUAGCAUUUCAAUAUUUGUAUAACGACAUAUUCCAGAGCACUUUACAUGUGGUAACUUAAUUCAAAUGUUAUAGGUCAUUGAUAAGCAACAAUUUUCUAUGAACCAAUAGUUGUUUUUGUUUGUUUUUUCACUGUUAGGUUACUUUACCUGAAUUUUGUAAUGCAGAUGCAAAUCUGAACCACAGUAUCUAUCUAAAAAAAAUUUGUUACGAAAUCAUAAAAUUUGCGAGAUUGGUUCAUCUACAAGCAUAUGCCUUAAAGGGAUUUUCCAGUGCCAGGAAAACAUUCUUGUUUUCCUGGCACUGCAGGUCCCUGUAGUGCCCCUCUCCCUCCCACCCUCCAUCCCAAGUUGCUGAAGGGGUUAAAACCCCUUCAGUGACUUACCGGAAUCCAGUGCCGAUAUCCCUCAGCGCUAGUCAGGCUACGCCUACUAUCCUCCUGCGCCGAUGUCAGCCGGCGGGGGAGACCUAAUGCACAUGCGCGGCAACGGCCACACAUGCGCUUUAGACCUACCCAUGGGAAAGAAUUAUUCAAUGCUUUCCUAUGGGAAUUUUGGCAACGUUGGAGGUCCUCACUUAGCGUGAGGACGUCCAGCGUUGCUUAAAUCACUUUUUGUAUUUUAAGAAGGCGGAAGUCCCUCUAGUGGCUGUCUGAUAGAAUAAUUACACUUGCAGGGUUAAAGGUAGUGGGAGUUGGCAACCAGACCACUCCAAUGAGCAGAAGUGGUCUGGGUGCUUGGAGCAUCCCUUUAAAAAUGUAAUGUCAUGUCGCCAACAUCUUAAAGGAACACUCCAAACACCUAAAGUACUUGUAACACUCCAAACAUCUGAAGUACUUUAGUUUGCUGAAGCACUUAAUGUAUGACGAGUGUGUCAACUUUUUUACAUUUCACAAAAAAUGCAGAUUUCAAUUGAAAUUGGCACAUUUAUAAACUUACCAUGUGUACACUCCGGGCUGUCAAUCAGACAACCAGCCCUGUUAUUUCCUGGUAGUCUAGCUAAGUGGAGUUAAAAUAAAGAAGCAGGCAAAUGCCUUGCAAAGACUUUUCAGCUGAGCUGCAUUAGAAAGUCUAUGAAUAGAAAGCCACAGAAAGUUGGUUCUGGGGAAAAAGGGUAUAUCUAAUAAAUAGUGAAUAUUUUAUUUUUAUUUGGCAUAUUCCUUUAAUUCCUGUGGAACUCAAGAAUCAAUCUUAGUGUACAAUAAACACAACUCAAUGGUUUGAGGGCUGUCUAUCCACAAAUUAAACUGCGCCUUCCACUUGCACCACAAUGAAUUGCUGUUCAUUUUCUUCUUUUAAACUCUAUAUACAGCUGAUACUUUUAAAUUCACUUGGAUGUACAUUUAUUGAUUAGUGAUUAAAUAUAAACUUGUCACUUUAAAGAACCACUAAAUAGUCUAUUCGCUAAACAGGUAGUUGAUAACUGACUUUUUUUAAACUAAAAUGGGCUUUUUCCAAUUCUACUAUGUAUACCUAAAUUCUACAAAAACCUUGCCAAAUCACAAUUUAAAGAGUGGACUCAUAAAUAAAAAAUAAACAGAAAAACAAAAAAUAGUUGUUUGUAACAGUGAUAAGCUUUAUUUUCAUUGUUAAAUAGCGUAGUAUUCAGAUGAGGACAUCACGGGCAAAUAACUUAAUUAUUUCAACAUUAUUUUAACAGGUAAAACAAGAACUAAAGAGAAAUAUCGUGUGGUUUACACCGACCACCAGAGGUUGGAGUUGGAGAAAGAAUUUCACUACAGCAGAUAUAUCACAAUCAGAAGAAAAACUGAACUGGCUGCUAACUUAAGACUUUCAGAGAGACAGGUAUACAAUUCUGUAAAAACACAAACAUUUAAACAUUCCAUAUGCCCACAACAGGUGAAUUUAGCAAAUCAUCACAAGGUUAUUCGCUAAAAAGGGAAUUGUUGGUAUUUAUAUUUUAGGCAAAAAAUAAAUUAAUUCCACAAAUUUUCAAUACAAUUAUUUUCUAAGGCUCACCUAUUCUGGCUGAAUAUUUGAAAUUCCUUCAUCAACCCCCAAGACUUCUGAGUUUAGUCAAUAAUCCUUCCAGAUUUCAGAAGCAAAGCUUCUUCCGUAUAACUAAAGUAAAAUAGAUCAAUUAAUUAAUUGUGUGCACAUGUAUGUGAAUUUAUUAUUUAAGGAUUUAUAAAUGGAUUUAUUCACUGGUCUGAGAAUAACAAUAGCUUGCAACAAGUGCUGAGUUUUGAGACAUUGUACACUUGGCUGCUUAGACUUACAUUUCAAAUUUCCUUGUCAAGUCUCUACAAUUCCUCAUUCAGUUAAUACAAUCUUAAACUGAUUGUAGGAAUCACACUCAUACCCCAGCAGCCACCGGUGCUCUGGAACAGGAGCAGCAAUCCCAAUACGUCAAGGCAAAAAAAUAAAUCUCCAGGCACUCUAGUGUUAAAGCCGCAGGCAGAUUUUAAUGGAACAGAAAGAGCAGCAAUGUUUCAGUUUGAAAAAGACCUCUGUGGAGGUUGAAACAUUGCUGCUCUUUCUGUUGCGGCUUUAACACCAGAGUGCCUGGAAAUUUCAUUUUUUUAUUUAUUUUUUUGAAUACAAUCUUAAGCAGCACAAUCCAUUAUAAAAAGGAUUAGAAAUGCUCAUCAUGCAUGUGAGAAAGUAAAAAAUAAAAUAAAAAAUGACUAUUGAAAGUGCAGAAUAUCCUACAAGGGAAGUUACUUAAUCAGCAAAAAUCAAAAUGCACUCAAGUAGGUAAAGACUGCCCAAAAUUAAAGUUUUUUUUAUAGACAUAUACAGUUACAGGGUUAUUUAAUAAAGUGAGAAUUUAAAGUGAAUUGCAAAUUUGCACUCCCCUCCCCCACAAAUGAGUACUUUAUAAACAUUUUAUCUUACGUAGGGACUACUUUUUCUCAGCAUAUUUUCUACACUUAACAAAAAUUUACAAAAAGCAGAGCUACCGCCACCAGGUUCUGUCAUUUGCCCCCACUAGUGCCAGCUGAGGGGAAAAAGGCAUUGUCUAUGGAGGAUCACAUGGAAUGCUCAAGAGUACAACACUGACAUGGGCUCCUGGCAUUGCAUCUGACAGGAGCCCAUGUCAGUGUGGUAUUGUAGGAGAGGACUGACAUGAAGUCAAUAGUGGCGGCCAUGAAGGACAAGUUCUGGAAAGUAAAACUAACCUUCCCCUGCACCCCGUGAGAAGCUCAAUGGAGAGAAUUUCCCCACUUCAGUUAUGUUGAUCUUAAUUUUUAAAUUCACUUUGAAUUCUUACUUUAGUGAAUAACCCUGUUAGUCAAUGAAUGUUUCUUUUGUAAAAUUAAUUAAAUACAACUAUAUAGUAAUAAAGUUUAGUAAUUAAGUAUUAAUAUUAUACUAAAAAAAAAACAGUUCUGGGUUUCUUAAGAAUUUUCAUCUUUUUUUGGGCUCACUGCAGAAGAGAAAUAAACAUUUCUUAAAUGUAAAUAGGAAGCAUAAAAUAUAAUGCUUUGUAAUGUAUACCACAAUGUUUGCCAUUAAUGCCAUGCUUUCUUGGGCUUAGUUACAAACUGUGUUGUGUGUACAUAAGUAUGAAUAAAUCACUACACUUCUAGUAAUAACUAGAUUCAUCCAUGCUAAAUCAGCUGUUCCAGACUCCUUUAUUCCACCAACCAUUCAUCAUCAACUAUACCUCUCAACCAGACUCUACACUGACACCCCAACAUCUAUAGGGUAAGGACCUACAGUCUGUACCCAAACCUACAGAUACCUUACUAACACUGCACCCCAAUCUAUUGUCUCAUUUUACUUCUCUGAAGAGUUGACACCAUCUAUUAUUUCUUCCGUUCUUUUCACAUCCCCAAUAAAACUCAAAUGCUCUUUCUUUUCCUCUGGAAAUCUCCUUGUUUUCAUUACUACUUACUAGCUUCCUUGGCUUCUUCACCUACUUCAGGAAGUUUAAACCUAACGCCAUCUGUGAUACAGAUUCAUGAUAGUGACAACCUUCUCCUUUUGGCUUCUACAUUAGUCAUUCUAUUUCUUCAACACUCCCUUACAAUCUACUCUGCCUUUUACAUGCAGUCCCCUUGCUUCAAACUUCAUCUUGACUACAAGACCACUUACGAAACAUUUCACCGUAUUUCAAGAUGUUCUGUUCAUCACUGCAAAACUUAAUAAAUUGAAAAAUAAAUGUUUUAUUUAAAUGUCUGUUUCAUUAUAUUAUUUUUCUUAUUUAUGUUGUAGAUAAAAAUCUGGUUCCAGAACCGCAGAGCCAAAGAAAGGAAGCUUUUUAAAAAGAAGAUGAAUCAGUUUGAGGGUGCAGGUUCUGUACAGAGUGAUUCCAGCUCAGCCAGUCCGAACCCAAUGUGUGACUCUAUACCAAACUCUUUUUACCAACCACCACCACCACAGCAUGCUCUGAAUAAUUUGCAGCCUAAUGGGAUUAUUUCAGAAGUCACAGUCACAAUAUGA